CGAUGGUGUCGCAGCUCCAAUAUUCCGUCGGCCGUAUACCAAUAGCAAUUACAACAAUUAAAACAUUAUAUUUAUAUAAACAAUUACUUAAAUUGGUGUGUUGUAGUUUUAUCUGUGCCACUAACGGGGACCUCCGAAUAAAUAAAAGCCCUCGGUACCUAAGGGUACCAAGGUAAUUCAAAACCCGAAGAAAAACAAAACAGAAAAAAAAAAUGGACGCCGCUGCAGGAGCACUACCAGGAGUUGCAUCUGGACCGCACUCCACCAAUGAGUUAAAUACACAGCUUACAACUGCAAAUCAGCAACAAACGACAUUAAAUGAAAAUGGUCUACAAACAGAAAGAGUAGUCGGAGUAAAAUGCGAAGCAACGAAGGGGCCAGAAUCAACGACAACAGUGCAAAAUCAUUCCAAUGCCGUUGACGUUGCAACUGUAAAAGCGGAGGAUAAGCCAAAAGGCGAUGUAGCUCCUGAGAAAGUGCUAAUAACGAUUUGCAGCGCCGAUCGAAAGAAAAAAAUGUCUUUCAUGUCUUUGCCUACUAGAAAGGAUGUCGUUGAGAAGGCACACAAAUAUGGCCUAACUGGUAACAACAUUGUCCUGGAGAGCAAUGGUUGUGAAAUAUGCGAAGAUGAAGUGCUACAAUUUGCCGCCAAGGAGAAGUUACUGUUAAUGCUAUUGGCCGAAUCGGAUGAAUACGUUAUACUACCUCCCCCAUCGCCACUGAAUCGUUCAGAACGCGCCAGCAGCUCUGUCGAUCCCAGUUUGUAUGCCAGUCAUCAUGAGACAGACGAGACUCUUUCACUGGCCAGUGUUACGCCAAGCAAUUCCAAAGCGUCGGCUAUGUUCAAAGACUUUAUCAUUCCUUGGAGUAAGGUACCAAAUGAUAUUAUGAAACUGCUGCGUGGCAAAAAUAGUCUGGGCAAGCGUUUGAACACCUUGGGCAAUAUUUUAGUUGACGCGCUGCGAGAAAGAUCUGCACAAAUACCGAUACGAGUUUUUCGUCAAGUGGCACAGCAGGCAGCCGAAAAGUAUCCCGAUUCGUUGCUAGAGAAAGAUCGCGAAGGUCAGCUAAUAGCUACAAGCCCGCAGUCACUGAUUUCAAAAAUGAUCAAUCGAAAUAAUGCUCUUAAUCGGCCACAGAAGAGAACAAGUGGGUCUAGUGGUUCGGGUACAUUUGAGAUACAUAUAUCAACAAAAAAACGCAAAUCUGGCUGUGCAUCGGUGGUGACUAGUAAUGGUGCUAAUCUGGCUCUUAAUCGCGACCUAGAGCACAAGAAAGAGUUACUUAUAUCUUGUUACCGUGGCAGCUCAUCAAUUGAUGCCGCUACCAUUACCGAGUAUAUGAAAGUUUGUUUUCCACUACAGCGAUCAUUCUUUAAUAAUAGUGAGAAAAUUCCCGAUAUUAAGGCAAUCAAGGAUAAUUGGCCAUACAUCUUCAAUAAAGAGAUGCUUUAUCAGCAUUUUGAGCUUCUCAUGUCAAUCGAUCCGCGAGUUCUUGAAAAGCGUUUCGCUGGCGAAAGAGAACGCAUUUUCAAAUUUUUUAAAACAUCCAAAAACAAGAAGGUCAACUCACUGUUGGAGGAGAACAAUAUCAAUGUAAUCCGUGGUCUGGCCUAUCAUUUCAACGAAGAUCCUGACUAUAUAUUCAAGCAAUUUGAAAAUGGACCUUUGCCAAAAGAAACGUUGCAGCAUAUUAAUCCAACCAAUGCACCCUGGGUGGCUCUAGUCAAUACACCAUCCGCAGUAUCCGACGGUGAAUCGAAAACUGAGGCUAUGGUCUAUAUAGAAGGCCAAAUUAUGGCUUCAUUUUCUGCCCACAAGGAUACCGACUUUCCAGAUGUCAUUGCCCAAUUGAUUUGCUACUAUUAUACCUUCAACAUGAUGUACCCUAAAGAAGCCAAUCACACUCUCGAAUUUAUUGUCAUAUACUUUCUACAAAAUGCCCCAGAACAAACACGAAACUCCAAAAAUUUUACUGGGAAUAGUAAGUACAAUCAGCUAAUUUCCAAGCUGGCCAAUAUCGUCAAUGGUUGAAGAGGGCCAUGUAACCUUUAUCCCAAGAGUCGGAUCAGGAAAUCUCCAAGCGGCAUGGUCCCCGAAAAAGAAUCUUGACAACAUCCAAUCCCCAGAAAUCUCUCACAUUCUGUUUAGUUUAUUUAUUUUUGCGCCCAACUCUAUUAUUAUUAUUAUAAAUACUUUACAUAUUUGUAUUAUUUCAUUGUACAAGUCGUAGCGUAUGUACUCUGUAUUAUUUCUAAGAUUUACAUAAAGUGUGUACUAAUGUUGUCUCAUAAAAAAUGUA